GUUCUUUAUUAUGAUAUGCGGACUUUAUGAUGCAAGAAAAUACUUUUUCGGGUUAAGAUAAACUUGAACAGUCUAAAAAUAAUUCUCUUCUCUCUUCUUUUCCUUCUUGUUGACAGAUACGAUGGGCAUUUUCAGGUUCUUGGAAAGCUUUGCGAGUAUCUUUAUCUUCUUUGCUAUUAUCCUUGAAUUGUUUACAUUAUUGAGCAAUACUUACAAUAAACCAUUUCUAAAUGAUUUAUAUAUUGUUCGUUUAAUUCAAAAUAGUACAACCGACUUUAUAGACUUAGGUUUAUGGAAUGCCUGUAAUGGUACAGCUAACCAAGUUCUUUCUUGUGAUUAUCCUCAGCCUGCUUUUGUCUGGACCAAUGCCACUGGACUCGAUAAAUUUACAUCCGAUACCUUUGAUGGAUAUCCUCCUGUCUUUCUUGCAAAUUUUAUUAUUUACUGGAUUGGGUUUGGUUUAACCUUGCUUGCCUUUGUUUUUUCAGUUAUGACACAUAGCCAUCGCUUCAAAUAUACUUCAGUAGCCAUGAUCACUUUUUUCGCCUUUGUGUUUAUGCUGGUUGCCUUUUGUAUUAUGAUUGUGAUGGGUGCUCGUAUUGCCAACACUGCUUUCAGUAAUGAUACUUCUAAUUAUAGUCAUAUUGGACCAGCAACUUGGAUGACAUUGGGUGCUAUGGCUGGUUUAUUAUAUGCAACUGUAUAUUAUUGUUGUAGUUGUUUCUUUAGACCAAAAAAUAUGCCCAGAUACAGCAGUAUUUAG